GCUGCGGGGCCGCCAUUGUUCCCCGGUGGGAGAGUUGGGUGGGCCCGGUGGCGGAGGCGGCUCUCGGUUUUGGGGUUGCCUCGGUUGCCUGUCCCAGGCUCGUCUGUCCAGGAUGGACCCCGAGGAGGAGACGGCAGCAGUGGCAAUGGCCGUGGGGCCAGCGGCCCGGCUUCAGGAGCCAGUGACCUUUCGGGAUGUGGCCGUGGACUUCACCCAGGAGGAAUGGGGACAGCUGGAUCCUGCCCAGCGGACUCUGUACCGUGACGUGAUGCUGGAGACCUUUGGGCAUCUAGUUGAUGUGGAGCAGAUGCCCAUGUCCUGUGCUUCCCUGUUUCCAGGGCCUGAGCUUCCCAAACCCGAUGUCAUCUCCCAGCUGGAACAAGGGGCAGAGCUGUGGGUGGCAGAAAGUGGACUUGCCCAAGGCUGCUGUCCAGGGUGGCAGACUAGAGCUGAAAGCCAAGUGUCACCCAAGAGGCAGGGUCUUCCUGAAGAGGAGCCGCCCUGUGUCAUGGAGAUGAAAGGAUUCCCAAGGGGUGCUCUUUGGCCAGCCACAUUAGGGGAGAAGUGGGCCUGUGAGGGCCAGUCAGAGGGGCUCAAGAAGGACCAGGAUGAUCUGAAGCACCUGGAAUUUGGCCUCAAAGAAGCUCCAACUCAAGAUAGAGGCAGUGAAAGUCUCAGACUUGGGGUAAACUAUAUCCUGAGUUCAGGCCUAAAUCCAUUACAGGAGACUUCUCAGGGAAAAUAUUCCUGUAAUUAUGACUCACAGGUUAAAAGCUUGGAGCGUAACUCAAGCUUAAUUAAUCAACAGAUGGGCUCCUCUGGAAAACAGCCCUUUGAAAACAAUGACUGCAGCAAAGCUUUCAGUCAGGGUGUUGAAGUUAUGCAACUCGGAAAAAUUCAGAUACAGGAUAAACCCUACAAAUGUACUGACUGUGGUAAGUCUUUUAACCAUAAUGCACACCUCACGGUACAUAAGAGGAUCCAUACAGGAGAGAGGCCUUAUAUGUGCAAGGAGUGUGGGAAAGCCUUCAGCCAGAACUCAUCCCUUGUUCAACAUGAGCGAAUCCACACAGGAGACAAACCCUAUAAAUGUGCUGAGUGUGGAAAAUCUUUCUGCCACAGUACACACCUCACCGUGCAUCGGAGAAUUCACACUGGAGAGAAGCCCUAUCAGUGCCAGUACUGUGGGAGAGCCUUCAACCAGAAUUCAUCCCUUGGCCGGCACAAGAGAACACACACUGGGGAGAAGCCCUACACUUGCAGUGUGUGUGGGAAAUCCUUUUCACGGACCACUUGCCUCUUUCUGCAUCUGAGAACUCACACAGAGGAGAGGCCUUAUGAAUGUAAUCACUGUGGGAAAGGUUUCCGGCACAGCUCCUCCCUGGCCCAACAUCAAAGGAAGCAUGUUGGAGAGAAGCCUUAUGAAUGCCGGCAGCGGCUAAUCUUUGAGCAGACGGCAGCUUUAGCGAAGCAGGAAUGGUCGGAAGCCCUUGGCUGCAACCCACCUAGGAGUCAAGAUGCGCGAGAUGACAGGCCUUUUAAAUGUAGUCAGUGUGGGAAGUGUUUCAUUCAGAGCUCGCACCUCAUCCGGCAUCAGAUAACUCACACCAGAGAGGGUCCUAGAGGACGUAACCGACGUGAGCCAACUUGUAGCCGGAGCUCACACCUCAUCCGACAUCAGUACACACAUUCGGGAGAGAAUCCAGGAGGUGGAACAAAGGCAGGACAGCCUGCAAGCAGGGCUCUUGCCUUGUUCGACAUCCAUGAAAUCAUGCAAGAGAAAAACCCUGUGCACGUUAUUGGUGUGGAAGAGCGUUCUGUUGGUGCUUCUGUCUUAUUUGACGUCAGAGAAUCCACUUAGGAGGGAAACCCUACAGAUGAGUUUUGAACCACAAGUACAAAAAAUGUGGUAAGUCCCUAUCAUGUAUUUGUGGAAAGAGGAGCUGAGGGUAGAAGUGGUGAAGGUGACGUCUGGUUUCCUGAGGAAAUGGUGCUUCACAGACACCCGAGAUUGGUGGUUCUGAGACCUGUCAAACCCCAAACUAAAAACCAAACCCACUGCUGUCAAGUCAGUUUCAACUCAUGGCGACCCUGUGUGUUACAGAGUAGAACUGUGAUCCAUAGGGUUUUCAAGGCUGUGCUUCUUUAUGGAAGCAGAUCGUCAGGGCUUUCUUCUGCAGCAGCACUGGGUAGGUUCAAACUGCCAACCUUUAGUAAUUGAGUGCAAAGUUUGUGUCACUCAUGGACUCUUAUGAAACUCAGUGCCCCCUUUUAACAAUAGAUAUUUUGUUACGUUCCCUUUAUUGUCCCCAAACAAGUGCACAGGUUAAUAUAAUCUACCCAUACACAUAAUGUCAAAUAAAUCAGCUUAUGGCCCUAUUUUGUAAAGGAUAAUUAAAGCAAAAGUAAUUUAUAAUAGAGUAAUGUGUUCUGAGUGGGUGCAGUAUGUCAACAUGUAAAUGCAUAGGCCCAAUUACAUCAGAGACCUGAGGCUUAAGUAUGGUAUAUGGGGGUGUGGCGUUAACCACAGAAAUGCCACUAGGGGCCUUUCUGUACAUGAUGUGAUUUUCCAAGAUGAUGACUAACUCUCGGAAACAUUUUGAACAAAAUGCUGUUGCAUUUCUGAAAAAUUCUGUGUAAAUCUAAGCAUGCAGGAAUUAAUUUGUAUAUAUAUGUGCAGUCGAGUUAGGUUCUCAGUUCAUACAUUACAAACAGCUGUAUGUGGUUCACUGGGGCCCACCCUGUGUGCUUCACAGUCAUGGUGGCACGCUUGACUCCACCCACAAUGUCAGCCACACUCCUGAAGUAAUGGGACAAAGAAUCCCCCAUGAAGUUCCACAACAUUCUCUGGGGUGGUGCAGCUCCUGUUGAAAACCACAGCUUAGAACAUCUAGUGUUGCUAUAAACCAGAGGCUCUCAACUGGGGGCUCUUUUGCCCCCCAGGGGACAUUUGGCAAUAUCUGGAGAUGUUUUUGGUUGGCAUGACUGGGCAAAGAGUGUCACUAGCAUCUAGUGCGUAGAGAUGUGGGAUGCUUCUAGAUACUCUACAGUGCCCAGGACAGCCUCACAACAAAGAAUUACCUGGCUCCAAAUGUCACUCAUGCCAAGGUAGGGAAACCCUGGUGUAAACCAGCCCACCACUAUAGCAGACAUUUUCUCAACCCUGUAAAUUGAUUGAACAGGGCCAUAAUUUGAUUUUAAUGAAUGGUAUCAUUAGUGUCUUAGUUAGCUAGUGCUGCUAUAAGAGAAAUACAAGUGGGUUGCUUUAACAAACAGAAACUUAUUCUCUCACAGUUAGGAGACUAAAAGUCUGAAUUUAGGGUGCUAGCUCUAGUGGAAGGCUUUCUGUCAGCUCUGGAGGGAGGUCCUGGUCUCUUUUGAGCUUCUCCUGGGCAUUCUUCAUGUGGCUUGGUAUCUAUCUCUCCACCAUCUCAGCUUUCUAGCUUGAGUUUAAUCUCUUUUUAUUUUUCAAGAGAUUGACUCAAAACAGAACAACCAGAAUGGAAACAAUGAGAAUGCUGUCACAUUGUGGAAAGUAUAACCAAUGUCACUGAAUAAUAUGCAUAAAAAUUUUUAAAUGAGAACCUAAUUUGCUAUGUAAAUUUUCCCAAAAAAUCACAACAAAAUGUUAGAAAAAAGAAAGUGAUUGACUCAAAAGACACCCUACACUAAUCCUGCCUCAUUAACAUAACAAAGAACAGCCCAUUCCCAAAUGGGAUUAUAACCACAGGCUAAAAAAAAACCCUACUGCCAUCCAGUCCAUUCCAACUCUUAGAGACCCUAUGGGAUGGAAUAGAACUGCCCCACAGGGUUUCCAAGACUUUAAUUUUUACAGAAGCAGACUGCCACAUCGUUCUCUCAAGGAAUGGCUGGGUUCAAACUGUCAACCUUUCAUUUGGCAGCCAAGUUCUUUAACCACUGCACCAUUAGGGCUGCUAUCACAGGCCUAGAGGUUAGGAUUUACAACACAUAUUUUUGAUGGACACAAUUCAGUCUGUAACAAUUAGCUAGUUUGUAUAUGACUUACUUAGUAAUUCUCUCACCAUUUUGCAACAUUCAUAAUUGAUGUGAAGAAAGGAAGAGAAUCCAACUAUUUUUCUGAAUCUAAUUUUUAGCAUUUUAUUGUGGACAUUGAAAAGCAUGGAUAAUGUAUUUUCCUAGUGCCCCCCCACCCACCUUCCCACCCCUCCUCUAUUUUCACAUUGGUCACGGACAUAUUAGUUCACCCAUAUUUCAAUAUGUAUCUCUAAAAGGGACACAGGGACAAAACUGGUUUCAUAAUCGUACUAAGACAUAUUCGCCUUUUUUGUUCUGUUGAUGCUUGCGCUGAUGGUACAAAAGCCACAGUGGGGCCUGAGCAGGAAUCAAGGCAGAGGCACUCGUGGUCCUUGUUCUCAGUCUUGACCAACAUGCAUUUGCAGUAAAGAAGAAAAACCCACCAGUUUCAUGUAAGAAUCUGUGAUGAAUCAGGAAAGAUUGUUAAUUUUGUUAAACUCAAAAAGAAAAAGCAUCCAUUUACCAUUAUCACAUCUAAACAAAAGUAAAGGUAAUUAGUAAUUCCUUAAUGUAUCGCCAAACAUCUAGUGUUCACAUGUUCCUGGUUGCCUCCUAAAUUUUGUUUUCUAUUUGCCUCAUUCUAAUGGUAUAAACAAGGCUUUUCAAAUUUAUAGGUCACCACUCUUUCUUUUUUAACCUUUUAUUUGUUGGGGGGAAAAAAAAACAGAAUAACGUAAAUUUUGUGCCACUGGGCUGUGAUGGGAGCUCCGAUGGCACAGUGGUUAAGAGCUCGGCUGCUAGCCAAAAUGUUGGCAAUUCGAAUCCAACAGCCGCUCCUUGUAAACUCUGUGGGGGCAGUUCUGCCCUGUCCUAUAGGGUCACUAUGAGUUGGAAUCGACCCAUCGGGAAUUGGGUUGGGCUGUGAUGAGGAGCCUUAUGAACGUCAUGUGACUCCCGCUGUUUUCACGUAAGGGCACUUUGCAUGGGGCCUCUGUUGAGGACCAGUGGAAGAUCUUUCUCUCAGCUUUCAGUGCCAGGAGAAGCCACGCUUUUGAGAAAAUAAUUGAUUUUCUAGACAGCAGGACAUUUUUGAAAUUUUUUUUUUUUAUUGUUGUUGAGAAUAUACACAGCAAAACAUACCCCAAUUCAACAGCUUCUACAUGUACCAUUUAGUGACAAUUGAUGACAUUCUUUGAGUUAUGUAACAAUUCAUUCUCACCCUCCUUUUCUGAGUUGUUCUCCCCCAUCGACAUAAAUUCACUGUCCUCUAAGCGUCCUGUCUGAACUUGUGUGUUGCUGUUGUCAGUUUGAUCCCAUAUAGAUAGUUCUUAAAAGAGCGUAAUGAGAGCAGGACAUUUUAAUGCCCACAUUUUGAAGCUUUGGCUUGAUCACCCUGUUACUUUUCUCCAGUAUUUCUCCUGAGGAAAGCCAAGGGUUCUUACCUUUGUCUGAGCUGUUCUUAACAUUGUGUGUUGAGUUGUGGUUGGUGGGAUCUCAUAGCACCCAAUAAAACACCAAGAAUCUAAAUCUACUUUUUACCCUAAAAUGAAACAAUUAUGGACCAUCCCAUAAGCCAUGUUGUUGUGUGCCGUCAAGUCGAUUCUAACUCAUAGCUGUCCUAUGGGACAGAGUAGAACUGCCCCAUAGGGUUUCCAAGGUAGUGAUCUUCACAGGAGCAGACUGCCACAUCUUUCUCCCUCAGAGCUGCUGGUGGGUUCAAACCACCAAUCUUUGGGUUAGCAACUGAGUGCUUAACCACUGCUCCAACAGGGCUCCUUCCCAUAAGCCAUAGCUACAUCCAAAUACCUGUUGCAGGACGCUAAGUCAUGUGCUCCAGUUAUACAGGACAGCUGUUAAUGCCCAGCUCUGAUCAGCUCAUGCUUUUGCUUGGUAUUUCCACUGCAGUUGCAUCCUAGUGAAGUUAAUAUAUACCAUUAGAAAUGAAAAACUGAUUAUGACAUAUCUCAGCAUGUAAAAAUUGGCUGUAAAAAGUGUACUGCAGUAGGAUUGUUGGAUUGACUGGGUAAAGAAUUGAAUGCAAUAUUUAUCAUCCUGUAAAAAUGCAACCAUGGUCCUAAUAGCUGUUUCAGAAUAGUUGAGCAUCAGAACUUACGGUCAAAACUUCAUGGUUGAGUGCCAGAACUUACUAUCAGACUUCAUGGUUGAGUGUCAGAGCUUACUAUCAAACUUCAUGGUUGACUGUCAGAACUUACUGUCCGAUUUCAUGUAACCCAUUUUGUUCUUUUCUGUGACACAAUUGGUGGUGUUUCCAUUGGAGCAGAAUUGGCUUCCAGAUGUUCAGAGCUAGCUUUGGAGCUCAUCUCCAGAGGUUCUAUCUAACUGUUGAUGCCCAGGGUUGGUUUCUAUGUCCUCAUGUUUCCUCUUAUAUUGUCCUUGUGUGUUUCUCUUGCCAGCUCUUUUUCACAACAGCUGUACCCUCGUUCUUCAGCCUGCACCACCUUCUGCUUCAAUCCUAGCAGAUAACCUUACCAUUUACGUAGCCAAGAAAAAAAUACAUUUUCAGACAAUGCUUCAAUAAUAGUUCAAUGAAGUACUACUAUUACUCCAUUUUAUAGAUGAUGGAAAUAAGGCACAGAAUGAUUAAUUAAGUCCAAGGUUACACAGCUAGAAAAUGGUGGAGUCAGAAUUUGAAGUCAGUACCCAAUUAACAGGAUCCCUGGUAGCACAGUAGUUAAGCACUCGGCAGCUAAACAAAAGGUCAUCGGUUCAAACCCACCAGCCGCUCCUCAGGAGAAAGUUCUGGCAGUCUGCUUCUGUAAAGAUUUACAGCCUUGGAAAUCCUGUGGGGUAGUUCUUUGUCCUAUAGGAUCGCUACAAAUUGGAAUCAACUGGAUGGCAAUAAGUUUGGUUUACGCAAUUAACAGUGGCUUAAACAGGUUAGGCUUUAUUGGAAGGCUGUCUUUUCAGUGGCUCAAUUAUGUCAGAGCCAGUGUUUUCUACCAUUCUCACAACUUUUCCAUCACGGUUACAAGAGACUGCUGCAGCUCCAGCCAUUGCAUCUGUAGUCAAAACUGGAAGAAGGGGAAGGACAGGACAACACUCCAUUCUCCGAUGAGGAAACAAGGUUUUCCCAGAAGCCUCCAGCAGAUGCCCACUUACGUCUCAUCGGCCAGGACUGGGCCACCUCUAGUGACAAAGGUGCCUGUAUUCAGGUUUUCUAAUCUCUAUAGAAGGGAUAGGUCAGAGAGAAAGGUCUUGGGAAGUGGGUGAUGUUAGGCAACUAGUUGUCCUCCACUUCUCCCCACUCUUGAAAGAAUCACCUGAGCUCUCCAUGUCCUCAGUGCCAAGUCACACAUCAGACCCCUCUAUUCUACCCCUGCUGCCUUGCAGGAACUGCAGUGGCUGUGGUCACAUGCCACCACCUCUCGACAUUUUUUUUUUUUUUAUUUCUUGGAUUGUCCAGCCUGCUGACCAAACUGACCUCCUUACAAUGCUGUGUCCUCUUGCAUGCUGGGAUACCACACUCUUCCACCUCUGUAGUGGCUCCUUGGCUUCCAAUGUAGGCUUCUCUCCCCUCACCCCUCUUAAAUGUUGGGGUGCUCAGGGUACAUUUAGUCCUGGGGGCUCAUUUGGAUGCCUCCCCAGGCAUCCUCAUCCACACCCAUGACUCUGCUGCCGACUCCUAAAUCUGCACCUCUAGUGCUAAGUUCUGCACUUCAGACCUGAAGAGCAGCUUUGUGCUUCUAGAAGCUCCUCUCGAUUCACCCCACAGGCUCCUUGGAAUCCAGCCCACCCAAGACGAGGCUGCUAUUUUCCAAUUCAAACCAGUCCCCCUUCCCUGGUCCCUUUCCUGGGGGAUGCAACUACCUGCCAUCUUGUGUUCACCUUCCACAGUAGAAGUCCUGUUGACUUUGCCAUCUAAACCUCUCAGAUCUGUUCACUUCAUCAUGUCACAUGACCACCACCAGCACAGGAUAGGGGCUGGAUUGCUGUACUCCAGGAUUCCUCCCCUCCAGCCUCUCCCCACAUGACAGCCUAACUGGCUGGCCCCCUCAACAGCCUUGCCCAGACUGCUUCAUCUCCACCACUUGUACCUUAUACCCUCCAACCUCUGAACUUACUUUAAAUCCUUUAAAGUGCCUCUCAGCCUCCCUGCUGCCUCUGGGCCUUUGUGUAUGCUGUCCCUUCUGUUCGGGGCACUUCCCACACCACCCCUCUGACUGGGUUGGUCCUCAUCUCUUGGGGUCUUUCUCGGGUAUGUAUGCCUUUUCUUGCUGUAGUGUGGGAACCCCACUGUGCACGCACACACAACCCUUCUAUUACACUUCCCAGUCAAAGCACUCUUCUGCCUAUGCUGUGAUUGCUUCCAUGGUUUUCUGGGUCUGAGAAGCUCUGGGGGCAUGGUUCCUGGCCUGUUGUCCUCCUCACCAAAGCAUUUCCACCUCCCAGGGCGGGGCCUGGCUCCUGUUAACUAGGCGCUGGGUAAAUGUUCAGUAAGUAAUGAAAUCAAGAACCGCCUUACUGAAAGAACUGCCUUACCAACACAUGAGACAAAAUUGGCAAGUCUAACCAAAGUAAAAAAAAGGGAACACCUGUGAAAACUAGGAAAGCAGUACAACCCUAGGUCAGUUUUUCCCCCAAUGGCUGAUUUUUCAGAAGUAGAUUUCCAGGCCUUUCUCACGAGGCACUUCUGUUUGAACUCAAACCUCCAGUCUUUUGGUUAGCAGCUGAGCACAUUAACCAUUUGCAUCUCCCAGGAACUCUUGAUAGUUUUUUUUUUUUUUUUAACUUAUACAUCAACCAAAAGUUUCUGUUAAGAAGAGUAUUUAUAGUUAUAUUGUCAGUAAGUUUGAAGAUGUAGACAAGUAGGUGCUUUUUCUAGGGAACUAUAAAUGGUCUAAAUCUGCUGAAGAUUUUGAAAGCAUGAUUAGAUGAUGAACAUAGGAGAAAUUAAAAAAGACGUCAAAGAUCUCACGCAGCCAAGGUGCAGGCCCUCAUGCUUACAGGCAAGCUCCAUCUCACAGGUGAGCCAGUCAGGCUGCUGUGAGCUAUUCAAACAACAGAGGUAAUGCUGUGCAGUUUACGCCAUCUGUCUGUUACAUUGCCUUAUCUAAUAUAGCCUUAUAUGAACCAGUAAUCUCAGGGGUCAGAGGGGAGGGCAUGCCCAGUCCUAGUGGGAAGACGUUUCUUGACUGCAAGAGAAGAUGGGUGGAAUUAGGCUUGCUAUGGGAGCAGAAAGUUCCCCUAGCCUAUAGCCUAGCCCUACAUAGCCUGGAGAUGGAAAGGGGAGGGGCGGGGGUGGGGACAGGCCAAGAAAUACCACAGUGGCUAAUCUCAAUAAAGAGUGAAAAUCCUUUUUCUUAAAAAAAGUAGCGUAUCAGAUCCAGCAGGGAAUUAAUAAAUACUCUCCAUAAUCAAGAAAUUCCUACUGCAAACAUGCAAGAAUGGUUCAGCAUUAAGAAACCGACUCAUGAACUUUGUGGUAACAGGUUAAAGAAAAAAAUCCUAUGAUCAUCUCACGUCAGCAGAAGCCAGAAAGACAUUUGAUGAAAUUCAGAAUCAUUGUUCAAAGGAACAAUAAACCGGGAGUAGAAGAAAACUAACUGCAAGUUUCUGAAACCAGCAGGAACACCGUUCUUCAAAAGAAAGACUACAGAUGUUCUUAAAAUCGGGAACAAUGCAGUGUUCCUUUCAGCAUGGUUUUGAUUCAGUACUUCGUGAAACGUGCCAGGGAAGUCCUCCUUCACCUAUGUCCUGCCUCUGCUGAAGUCUGGGAUGGCCAUGUGGCUUACUGUGGCCAAUCAUAUCAGCAGAAGGGACCUAUGUCACCUCUGGGUGGAAUAAGAGCCAGUGUGUGAGCUGCCAUGUAUGUCCCUGUGUCACUGCCUCAGACGAUAUGGAAGCACAUGUGGAGGGGAACUGAGUGUCCUGUGAACAGAGCCUCCCUGCCUGCCUGUGACGGACAGGCAGCAUGAGGGAGAAAUAAACUUCUUGUGUGAGGUUUGGGGUUGUUACUGAAGCACAAUAUGACCUGAACUGACCAACACUAAUCCGUUAUUACCCCCCUUCAUGGAUGAUGAAAUAGAGGCUCAGAGAGGUGAAGUGGCUUGCCACAAUGCUGAGGUAAGUGGCCCAGCCAGGAUUUGAACCUGGGCAAUCUGAUACUGGCCCCCUGCUUUUGACCAUUCCUCUUUGCUGCCCCACAGGUAUGUGGGGCACAGAUUUGGGGAUACAGACACUAAAGCUCCAUCUGACUUACCAGUAUCCUCUGGGGAGAGGGAGACCCAGCAGUAAUAAUCACAGUUUUGGACAACUCUGGAGGCCGGGCUUGUGAUCAGCUGGUUCCCUCUACCUUUGCCCACCAAAAUAACAGAUCUUGAGGUGUCUUGUUUUCUCAGUUCUCAAAGUGGAUACUGUGAUGGUUAAAGUGGCCUCGCUCAGUAAACCGGAAACCAACACUUCCACUAUCAGCACUCACAUAAUUCCCUUUCCCCCGAAGAUGAAAGGAAUAGGUAACAGACUUUUGGAAAUUUUCCAUUUCUUAGUUUAUGCUUUCUAGGAAUAACACUUCUUCCACUAUCCUGCUGGUUUCCUUGUAGAUAUAUUGAAACAGAGCCAGUCAAGAAACUCAAGAAAUGAGUAUAAAUUUGGGGAAAAUACAUGGUUUGAUCUGUUUAUAAAAUUAAUGUUCUUUGUAGGAAAACCUGAAAAAUACACAAAAGUAUGAAAAUUUAUUUAAAAUUUAAUUCCCCACAUUUCGACCAGAGAUGGUCGUAACUGUUAAGGUUUUGUUAAUAUUCCUUGAAAUUUUUUCUUAAAAUAUACAUGAAUGUAUACACACAAAUAUUCAUAGUGUACAUUAUGUCUUAUACGCAUAUAUAUUCAUCUAGUUUUCUUCUGAAAAUUAGAAUUCUUUCUAGUGCUCCUGUAAAAAAUGCUUCUUACCAUAUGAUGAGAAUAUUCCCCUGACAAUGAAUUUCAUGUAUCUUUUUUAAUGAACUUUCAGGAGGAUUGUAGCAAUGUCCCCUCCACCCAGUAUUUGACCAGCCUUGAGUGUUCAGAAAAAAGAAAAAGAACAUUUCAGGACAGAGUAUGAACUGAUACAGCCUCUAUGGGGAGCAGUUUGGUAAUCAGUAUCAAACUUACUAAUGGACAAACCCUUGUCCCAGCGUUCCAGCAAACCUACUGCUGGGAAUGAAUCCUACAGAUGUAUUUAUACAUGUGUUAAUCAUGUUCAUACAUGGUUUUUGUCAAGGUAUUGAUUUUAAAACUAAAACAUUGAAAAUAACAUCCAUCAUGGGGAGCUGGGUAAGUAAUUUUGAUGGAAUGGGGAACUACGCAGCCUUAAAAGUGGGAACUGUCUUUAUGUACUAAUAUGGGAAAGCACUCAAUGAUCCAUUAAAUAAAAAAAAAACCAAGGUGCAAAACA